UUUCAGUUGCUGUCGUUGUUGCGUUUUUUAUCUGCUGGGCUCCGUUCCAUGCCCAAAGACUUAUGACAUUGUAUGUUAAAAAUUGGAAUGCACGGCUGUUAGAAGUACAGGGACAUCUAUUUUAUUUGUCAGGAAUUCUAUACUUCUUCAGUUCCACUGUGAAUCCCAUACUGUACAACGUGAUGUCAAGAACGUUCAGGAGAGCUUUCAAGCGAACACUCUGCAGAUGUUUUGUUAGCGCAAAUAAUCUUCCAUCGUUUUAUAUGCUAAAGGCAAAGUUCAUCAGCCACGAUAUAGAUUUACCAUAUUCUCAUGAGAGUGGUAAUCCAAAUAUGCCUGACAAAAAGGCACUUCGAAGUGUCACUUAUUACCACAACGAGAAAAGAGACUCAUCUAAAUAUAACCACUCCGGAGAAAAAUGCUCCACUAAAGAGACGCUGAUUAACAAGACAUGUGAAAGCACGUCAGGAAAGUCACACGCACAUUCUGACGGCGACAUACACGCCUUGUGUCGCCACAAGAGAUGCUCAGAUCGACGACAUAUUUCGAUCAAUCAGCGUAGAAAUGCAUUGGUCAAUUCAUUUCAUCAUAUCGACGAUUUACGCAGAGAACAAUCGUUAUUUGACUACCAAACACCUGCACAAUUUAGACUAAUUUAAGCUCAACCACUGUUUUGAAUUAGGUGACAUCAGCUUUAAUAAGUGAGUUAUGUUAUUUGUUUAUGAGCUCUCAUGUAUUG